UCAGUGUCUCCAAGUAACUCAGCUGCCCCAUUCAUGACAGAUAAUUCUUGUUGCAUUCCUUAAAAAUCAACUUUUUGAAAUUUGUAAGCAAAAUAUCAUUAAUUCUGAUUUCCAUAUGCAGCAAGAUAUCAAAUGUAAUAGAGCAAUGAUCAUUUUAACCCAGAUGUUCCACAAUUCCUACCCCUCUCAACAAUAUCUCUAACAGAAGUUAACAAUAAAUCUAAAGUAGCAUUGUUUCUAGUAAGUGUGCUGUAUUUAGAGAAAAAUAUUUUUUGUAUGCAACAAACAUAGACUAAUAGUUUGUGUAACUAUUUAUUUGAUAAAUUGUGUAUAUAUACACAUAACUACAAAAGAAUUAGGGUAGUGUAUUUAUGUGUACAUCUAUAUGUAUGUUUGUUUUACUCAGUUUACAGGUUACGGAAGAAGCCAGGGUCAAAGCAUAUGCACAAGAAAGAUCCUUGGAUGCCAAAGUGAUUGUCUUACAAGACAAACUGAAGAAACUGAAUAUUGAAGAUUUUACAUCUGAUGCUGUACUUAUAAGAAAGCAUCAAGAACAGACAGAGAACAACCUACACUCUGUUCAGCACCAGGUUCUAGAGCUGCUGAAAUCAACUGUCCCAAAUGCUGUACAGCAGUACGUACAGAUGAACAGUGCUGUAGUGAUCACGGGGGACUAUCAGCUAAAACUCGCUCGACAAGAGUAUUUCUUUAAUAAGCAGAAUAUUGUAAUAGAACAUCUUCUGAAGCAGCGAGCAAGGCAAGAGUUCCUGCAGAUGGUCAUGGAAGUGGAAGCCCAAGCACACAGAGACCUCUAUAGUUUGCUACAGAAAUUACAAAAGGCAUUACAAGAAGAAUGGAGGGACUUUCAAGAAAGAAUGUGUAAAAUGAUGACUAUUCAGCAGCAAGAUCAAGAAAGGUCUGCACAUACAAUAGAUUCGACUGACACUGCAGGGAAAGCACUUUUGAACAUUCUAGAAGGAAGUGGUAGUGGUUGUGGUACUCUGUUUCCAACGUACACCAGACUUGCAGAGGCUGCUGAGAAGUUGGAAGAACAAAACAGAGCUCUGCAGGAAAAUAUUUUGACAAACCGUAUGGAGCAGAUGCAAUGCUUGGAUUCACUGGAGGGAGAGUUGAAGAAAUGGCUUAAUCUAACUUAUGGAAAUACCACAGUUGGCUCAAGCCAACCAAUCACAGGACCACGAGAAUUGGCGGAAGGUUUAACUAAGCUGGCUUCCAAGGUGGAAACAUUAGAAAAGAGAGUGUUAGAUGGAAUGAGAGAUUUUGAUCGUAGAAAAAAGCAACUGCAAGCCAAUCCCCUACAUAUCAAAGAGCGGGAACUCUUUGUUAGUUUCUUCCUUUCACCUAAACACCUGAAGACAGAAGUUGAAACUUUGCUAGCUCAAGCAGAAGGAGAAUUGUUGUUGAAACAAAAGUAAAUGGAAAUACCUUAAAUAACCAGUUUCUUGCUUAAGUAAUGCUUGUGCAUUAUAAUGCUGUGUAAACAUGCUUUUACUUUUUAUAAAAAGCUGAAAUAUUUACUUAACCACCUGUACAUUUUUAUAAUUAAAAUCUACAUCUUAAAAAAUUGAGCAUACAAGUGACUGUAUCACUAUAAAUCUUUUUUUUAUCCAGUUUCAAUAAGCUUUAAAAAUGUAACUGUGUUACUAAAUUUACAAAUAAUGGACU